AGGAAGCUGGUUUACAUACGAGUCAUACCAAGCAUAGCCAGCAUGUCAGCGCAGUCAGCUUGCAGCGGGCUGUGAGGGAGAGUGCCUUUGUCCUAAGAAAUGUGCUUUGUGUUUUUUUUUACUGCUUUCUUUUUAAACCCUCAAGACAAGCUUUGGAAGUCUGCUGAAGUGAUUUUUUUUUUUUUUUUUUUUAAAGCCGAGUAGAGGACGAAAUACAGACACUGCCUUCCAGUAAGCCCUGGACGGGUUUUGUUUGAGUCUGAUUUUUUUUUGUGUGUGUGUGUGAUCUUUUUUUUUAAAACAAAAACUUUUAUAUACUUUGUUUGACUCUUGUGAGGCUGGCCCUCUAUUUUACUGAAGUGUUAGGAGAGCCUGGAGCUACUCAGCUAAGACUGAAUUUUGAAACUUUCUCUUCGGGAGUGAAAGCAAAGAACUGCCUUUCUUUGCUAGCCGGACAGAUAAAUGCUGUUUAUGAAGAUGGACCUGUUGAACUACCAGUACUUGGACAAGAUGAACAACAACAUCGGGGUUCUGUGCUACGAAGGUGAAGCUUCUCUCAGGGGAGAACCCAGAAUGCAGACCCUCCCGGUGGCUUCUGCCCUCAGCAAUCACCGCACAGGCCCACCCCCCAUCAGCCCCAGCAAGAGGAAAUUCAGCAUGGAACCUGGGGACAAGGACCUCGACUGUGAAAACGAUCACAUCUCCAAGAUGAGCCGCAUCUUCAGCCCCCACCUGAGUAAGACCGUCAACGGAGACUGCCGCCGAGAUCCCCGGGAACGGAGCCGCAGUCCCAUUGAGCGGGCUGCAGCCCCGGCUGUGAGCUUGCAUGGUGGCCACCUGUAUGCAUCCCUCCCUGGCCUCAUGGAGCAGCCUCUUGCGCUGACUAAGAACAGCAGUGACACCGGCAGGUCGGCUGUGGAGCGGCAGCAGAACCGGCCCUCCGUGAUCACCUGUGCAUCUGCAGGCGCCCGCAACUGCAACCUCUCUCACUGCCCCAUUGCGCACAGUGGCUGUUCUGCACCCGGGUCUGCCAGUUACCGAAGACCACCCAGUGCAACUGCCACCUGUGACCCUGUGGUGGAAGAGCACUUCCGCCGGAGCCUGGGCAAGAACUACAAGGAACCAGAGCCAGCACCCAACUCUGUGUCUAUCACUGGCUCUGUGGAUGACCACUUUGCCAAAGCACUAGGUGACACAUGGCUUCAGAUCAAAGCGGCCAAGGACAGCGCUUCCAGCAGCCCAGAGUCAGCCUCCCGCCGGGGCCAGCCUGCCAGCCCCACUGCCCACAUGGCCAGCCAUAGUCACUCCCCCUCUGUGGUCUCCUGAAGGGGGCUCCACUCUCCAGCCACACAAGGAUCUGCAUGGUUUGCCUGAGCUUUCAACAGUCAGUGCUUCAAAAAACAAAAAGCAAAAAAACAAAAAAAA